CUAUCAAGCCGCGAUACAGCAAAGCCGUCCAGUAGCCGUUACAGUACGUCCAGUGAUGAAAGUCGCUCCCAAUCCGGUCCCACCACAACGACCGACCGGAACUCCCGGCUAUGUAUCGCCAGCCGCACAGCUGAUGACCAAGGCAACCUCGCUUCCGCUUGGUGUUCCAGCCUUCAAACCUCUGCCAAGCGUCGAACCGGUGAGAUAUGAACCGACGGCGACCGCUCAGACUAGCUUUUCCCCUUUCAUAACCCCUGAAACCCCUGACAUCUUCUUCCAGAACCAACUGAUGAAUCAGACAUCCUCCUUCCAUCGACCUUCUCGAAUCACCGCAGCCGCCAUUCCCUCAACCGCAUCCACCGCUCCCAAUCAACACAUCAUCUACAAAGACUCGGCCAUUUCUGUCCAGCAAGUCCCCGCCUUCCACGCUAUGCCUGAAUCGGUCUCGCGAAUCUCCACCGGCCCAGUGAUCCAAAUCGAUAACAAACUAUCAUCGGAACCGACCAUCAAGAACUCCAUCAUGACUAUCCCACCACGCCAUGACGUAACGAAGGGAUCUACCGUCGUCGAUGGAGUCGACCUGCAGGGACAUACGGUCGAGGAACUAGCUGCUGCGGCCAACGUCAGCGUCGAAGUCAUCAAGGAAGCCAUCCGGGUACGCAAACAGGAAAUCCUCGCUCAACAGCAGUACCAGAAGCAACAGGCUGCCAUUGUCCAAGCACAAAUUCAAGCAGCCAAGAAGACCACUCUAACGACACCAACCACUACAACGACCACCACGACCACUCAACGACCCCGAAGGUAUCCCACGCACAAUGGUCACAAGGUCAUGAAUGCCCCCAAGGAGUACUAUCCGGUCGGGUACGAUAAGAACUUUGAUGAUAACUUCACGUCCAAGGUGGAUCUGCCCUACACGACGUUCAACUGUGGCGAGCAGAAACACUUCCCUGGACUCUACGGAGAUGAGGAUCUCGGGUGUAUGGUGUUCCACGUGUGUGCCCUCACCGACGACGGUCUCAUCAUGAAAUCGUUCUUGUGCCCCGAGAGCACCCUCUUCGAUCAGACCAUCUUGAAGUGCAACUGGUGGUUCUACGUGGACUGCAAGAACAGCAAGGGCCUGUACGACUCGAAUCUGCCCGUCUCCAAGAGCUACCAGCUUAUGAAGGCCCUGUCCUUCUUUUCGUCCAACUACAAAAACCCCCAGAGUAGCAACGGCAUCGAUGGCGUUGACGUUGAGGCGCUGAAGAACAGCGUCGGUGGAUUGGGGGCGCUCACGGCUUUAAGCAAUAACAGUACUAGCAGCAGCAUAGCGACGGAGACUGGUCGAUCAGCGUCGUCUUCUUCGUCGACGUCGACGUCAACUUCCGGUACCGUGGAGAUUGACGGAAAAUCGUCAUCCUCAGUUCAAUCGACGGCAACCAAAGCGUAGACUGGCGGGAAGACAAAAAACACGCGGCCACUAACCUACCUUGAGGAAGGAGCCGUUCUCAGGCAGUGAAAUUAAUCUGGGGGGAAAAUCAAGGGGGCGCAAGGGUACUUGAACUAGUUUUCAGCUAGAGUAUUUAGUUUCUAUAUAGAUUUAUCGAGAGUAGGGUUAUUGAAUUUUUAAUCCGUAAACUUCUAGCCUCACUUCUGGUUAGAUCCCAUAUUUUUUGUUUCUGUUUAUUUUUAGUUCAUAGCAAAACUUCCUCCCCAUAGACUAGUAGUUUGUGUAGUUGUGUCCUACUCUGUCAUAUUUCUUCCCAUAAGCUUCCGCUGGGGGAGGGGGACUGCGGAAACUGCGCGCCGAGGACUUUUGAUGAGAUUUCUCUCGCGAGGAGAAAGAUAAACGUAUUUCCCCGGACUAGAACGGAAGGAAAAAGUUAUUUAUUAUUAUUAGUUUCUUUUGCCUCAACUCUCAUCCCCUUUUUCGGAAGGUGCGCUCAGUGCUUGGGUGGAUUGCUAAGGCGUGGCGGAAUAUCGUUGGUUCGAAAAAAUCUUAGAAAAUUAAUUUUUAGUAAACAUUUAGGCGAUUAAAUUAUACUUGAAUUUUCUAUGAUUACACUGGGGUCAUAAAAGCGCCUGACAGAUAUGCAAUAGUGUAACCAAAGGUGUCUUCAUGUCCUCGAUGAAUAAAUUAGAGUUCCGUUGAAUUUAGGAUUUUGUUUUUAAAAUUCAGAACUUCAAAUCCUUAUUCGAAAACUGAAUUCAAAUAACAAAAUUCAAAAUGGGAGUUAUUAAUUUUUUUGGUUUGUGAAAUUUUACUACAAUAUUUUUAAAUCAGAUACCUAUUAGUAUUUUGAACACACGGCACUUCAACUGUUUCGAAUCGACAUGCCCUAGCUUUGAAUGCUUCCGCUAGCCAACUAUUUAUUAAAAUUAUUCGGUUAAGGAAGAAAGACGUCCAUAUUUCAGUCCAGACAAGUAGCAAAAGAAAGAAAGCAAAAGAGGAGGGUAGUUUAUGAAAAAAAAAAAACGUGGAUCGCUGAAGGUGUAGAAAAGACGAAUAAGCAAGAAAAAAAAUACUAAAGUCAUAACUUGAUAAUGAAAAGAAAAGUACGCAAACCACCUCUGGAAGAGAUAGAACAGUAUAACAACAACAAAAAAUAAAACGUAGCUAAAUCUAAUUUAAAUCUUCAUCUCACACUCAAUCUCUAUCAAUAGUAGAAGUAGGUUCACUGGCAGUGGCCAGGCAUUGUGGGGGGCCGAGGCAAAAGCUACAAUCUGUGUGUAAACUCAGAUGGAAACUGUAGCGGCGAGCGACCCGCAUUUAAACGCAAAGAAAGACGAAACAAGAAAAACAAAAUCAGAAAGGGAUGAAUUCCACACAAAUCCACCCGCUUCCGGGGAGUUAAAAUAGCAACCGUUAGAAGCCGUUCUUUGUUGGGUGCUUUUGAGUUUAGAUUUUUUUUUAUCUGUUGUUGUUACUCAAAUGAAAUGGACGGAAAAAGAUCAAUCCGGUUACUAGGACAGAGGUAUUCUGUUGGGGAUUGUACUCCCAUUUCGAACGAACUGAUAACCAGAUUGGGAUGUUUCAGACAGAGCGUAAAAAAUUCACCGUCAUCAGUCAUAAAACUGUGACUGUGAAAAAGUUAAAGCAGUCGCAUUCAUAACAGACGCCUUCAAAUGAGUAACCAAGCAAACAAUCUUGCCUCAACCUUCAGUCAAAUGAAGCGUCGGAAUAAUCAUAGUCGCCUUCAGCCCGUCGUCGUCUUUUUGACUGUGACGGAAUAAUGUUUAGAUAAAAAAAAAAACAUCUUAAGACGACGCCGAAAAACACAAGUUUCGUUAUGGUCGUAGCUGAAAAAAAAUCUGAAAACAACGAUCAUCGUUUCCGUUUUUGGAGAUAAGUCCAGGAUAGUUCGGGACCGGGACAUUUUCCAACGUAACAUCAACUGUCACGACGGAUGUGAAUUCGCAAGGGACUAGAAGGACAAUAUCAACUACGCGUAAAAAAAUUGCCUUUCAUAAUUAUUUAUACAACAAUUCCUUUACAAUAUUGUAAUUCCGCAAUUGGUAGUAUUUUUUUAAUCCGAAUUUUAUUUGUUUUCGACACUGGCAAAUCGCCCAACAAGCAAUCCAAAUAUACAAAAUUUUUCGAAUCAUACAUUAAAAUGCUUUGAACCGACGCCGUCAACUUGCUUGACGACCGUCGUUUGAAAAAUAACAUCCGUCCCGUGAACAGAAAUCCAUGACGAUAGUCAAGCUUUUCCAGUCCCUUGAAGCUUGACUAGUAGUCAAAUGAGAUUUGAAUCGUGACGAUGAAGGAAAAUCAGCAACCAUGUCAAGUAUGAUGCUUGAAAAAUGUCUGCUCUGGUUUCAGAUACGAUUGUUCAGUUCCAUUUAUGGCUCAAAAGAAAAGGGAGCCAAAGUUUGAAGCAAAAAUUUUGUGAAAGGAAAGCUUCGGCCAUGAAAGCGCCCGGAUGGUAUGCAACCGUUGAAACAUGAAGCAUAUGGCGAGAUUCUAUCUUAGUUGAAGACAAGUUCAAACUACUGAAGCCAGUCGUUUAAUGAAGAUUUAUUAAACAACGUGUAUCAGUUCAGAUUCAGAAAACCACCCGGAAGUGGAAAACAAAUAACGUUUUUUCCAGGAUUUUACACCUUCCAGCAAUUCAUCCUUAAAUAACAAAUAAUGAGAUUAUUGCAAUUUUUUAAAACUAUAGAUAUAAGUUCAUUGGAAUCACAUUUGAAGGCGCCACAUUUCAGUCUUGAAAAAAAAAAAUUAACGAAAAACCCUUUUGGAAACGAAAAAAAAAAAACAAAAAAUAAAGCAUUCCUAUUAGAACUUCUCAAUUUGCCAAAAUGCACACUUUUGGGAUGAGCAAGAGUGCAUUAAAAGAAAUGAAAAAAAAAAACACACAAGCAUGCAU